GCAGCUGUAACUGAAGGCAGCCUUGUUGGAAGAAUCUCCUCUACUCUGGCUGAUUUUUUAUUUCAUUUUUUAUUUUUUCAGGAAAGGUUCUUUUGCACAAGAACUGCUGAAGGAAAAUACUUUUCUUUCUUUCUUUUCUUUUUUUUCCUUUUUUUUCUUUUUUUUUACAAAGCGCCGUUGCCAUUUUCGCACCACGCCACAGAGAGGAGGCACAUUGUGUGUGGCGCAGCGCGACAGUGCAGUGUCCGAUUACAAGCCGUGCGCUAAGGAGCCGCCGGCACAGAGCGCUUUCCCGUGGGGCAGAAAUAGCACGCGGGGCUCCGGAGGAGCGAGAGGAAUCUUUGUAGAGACAGAAGGAGUUUCUUACCCCUCCAUUUAUUUCUUUUUCUAUACCAAGGUCCAUAUUUUCGGAGACGCAGCAGAAGUGAGGAUAUUUCAUCUUCAUCUCAACCUCUGUGUUUCCACUCUUUUCUUCUCAGCGGCACAAGACUAGAUGAACGGGAGUUGGGCACCUCACUUGGUGUGUCUCUUCAAUGCUCUUGGGCCCUGAGGCCUGAGGAGAAAUAAGCCAAGCCUAUAGACCCCCAUGGGACGCCCUGUUACCCAGCAUGCACUGCUGCUGCUGCAGUGUAUGCUGGUCCUGUGCCUCGGAGGUGUGGCCGGUAGGAGAGGGCCUGUCCUGCUUCCCGAAUCGCCCUGCCACAAGACGGAGCACCCACUCAUCCCACACUCAGAGAUGGAGCCGUGGAUCUUCAGGUUCAAAGCAGAGGGAACGGUGGAUUACUCGCAGCUGACCUUCGACCCAGGCCAGAAUGAACUGAUUGUCGGUGCCAGAAAUCACCUUUUCAGGCUUAACCUGGAGGACCUGACACUGAUCCAGGAGGCAGAGUGGCACUGCGAUGAGUUCACCAAGGGAGCUUGCUUCAGCCGUGGAAAAUCCGAGGAGGAGUGCCAGAACUACAUUAGGGUGCUAUUGGUGAAUGGGAACAGGUUGUUCACCUGCGGAACCAACGCUUUCACCCCCAUCUGCACCAACCGAACGCUGACUAACCUGACAGAGAUCCACGAUCAGAUCAGUGGCAUGGCUCGGUGUCCCUACAACCCCCUCCACAACUCCACCGCCCUCAUCACAUCCAGUGGGGAGCUUUACGCCGCCACUGCCAUGGAUUUCUCCGGGCGAGACCCUGCCAUCUACCGGAGCCUUGGCGGCCUGCCACCGCUGCGUACCGCCCAGUACAACUCCAAGUGGCUCAACGAGCCAAAUUUCGUCUCCUCCUAUGAUAUUGGCAACUUCACCUACUUCUUCUUCCGGGAGAAUGCGGUGGAGCACGACUGCGGCAGGACGGUGUUUUCCCGUGCAGGGCGCGUCUGUAAAAACGACAUUGGCGGUCGCUUCCUUUUGGAGGACACGUGGACCACCUUCAUGAAGGCUAGACUGAACUGCUCCAGACCAGGAGAAAUCCCCUUUAACUACAAUGAGUUGCAGGGGACGUUCUACUUACCCGAACUGGAGCUGCUCUAUGGCAUUUUUACAACCAACGUAAACAGCAUUGCAGCAUCUGCAGUGUGUGCAUUCAAUCUCAGUGCCAUAUCACAGGUUUUCAACGGCCCUUUUAAGUACCAGGAAAACUCACGGUCUGCCUGGUUGCCCUACCCCAACCCCAACCCAGACUUUCAGUGCGGCACCAUCGACUCUGGCUCUUAUGUGAACCUGACUAAAAGAAACCUGCAAGACGCUCAGAAGUUUCUGCUGAUGCAUGAAGUGGUCCAGCCUGUGGUCCCCGUGCCCUACUUCAUGGAGGACAAUGUCCGCUUCACACAUGUGGCAGUGGAUGUUGUGCAGGGAAAAGACAUGCUAUUCCACAUCAUCUAUUUGGCCACUGAUUACGGUACUAUCAGGAAAGUGCUUUCUCCUCUCAACCAGUCCACAGGGAGUUGCUUAUUGGAGGAGAUUGAGUUGUUCCCGCCUAGGAAGAGGCAGCCGAUACGAAGCCUGCUGAUCCUGCACAGCCGCAGCGAGCUUUAUGUGGGUGUAAGAGACCAGGUCAUCAAGAUCCCGCUCAAGAGAUGUAGCUACCACAAGAGCAGAGAAGCCUGUGUAGGAGCCAGGGACCCGUACUGUGGUUGGGAUCUGUUGCUGAAGAAAUGCACCACCCUGGAGGAAAGUGUCAGAAUGAGCCAGUGGGAGCAGAGCAUAACAAAAUGCCCUGUCCGUAAUGUGACAGUCGAUGGAGGAUUUGGUGCCUGGUCAAGCUGGUCCAUGUGUAGCCAUAAUGAUGGAGGCAGCGCAGGGUCCUGUCUGUGUCGGACACGGGCUUGUGAUAACCCCACCCCUCAAUGUGGUGGCCAGCGGUGCUAUGGGAUCAGUGUUGAAGUCGCUAAUUGCUCCAGAAACGGAGCUUGGACUCCCUGGACCGUCUGGUCUCCCUGCAGCACUAGCUGUGGCAUCGGCUUCCAGGUGCGUCAGCGCUCCUGCAGCAACCCGACCCCUCGUCACGGCGGGCGAGUGUGUGUGGGCCAGAACCGCGAGGAGAGGUACUGUAAUGAACACUUGCCCUGCCCUCCGCACGUUUACUGGUCGGCCUGGUCGGCAUGGGAACGCUGCAAUGUGCCUUGUGGCGGAGGCAUCCAGUCACGACGCAGGACCUGUGAGAACGGCAACGACUGUCCUGGGUGUGGUCAGGAGUAUCAGUCGUGCAACACAAUGCCGUGUCCUGACCUGAAGAAGACCACACCCUGGACUCCCUGGACACCCGUCAACAUCUCUGAUAAUGGUGGCCACUAUGAGCAACGUUUCCGCUACACAUGCAAAGCUCGAAUCCCAGACCCAAGCCUGCUGGAAGUGGGCAGACAGAGGAUUGAGAUGCGCUACUGCUCCAGUGAUGGAUCCACCGGCUGCUCCACUGAUGGUGAAGUGCUUCGUCUGGGGAGAAUCUCGGGUCACAACGUGAAUGGUGGCUGGUCAUCCUGGAGUUCCUGGUCACAGUGCAGCAGAGACUGCAGCCGUGGAAUCCGAAGCCGAAAGAGGACCUGCAGUAACCCAGAACCGCGCAGUGGAGGCCAGACAUGCCUGGGCCCAGCACAGGAGUAUCAAGAGUGUAACAUCACCCCUUGUCCAGUGGAUGGUAGUUGGUCAUGUUGGUCUUCAUGGUCCAAGUGCUCUGUGACAUGUGGAGGGGGACACUAUAUGAGGACACGAACCUGCAGCAACCCCCCACCAGCUCACGGAGGGGACAUCUGUCUGGGCCUCCACACCGAGGAGGCGCUGUGCAACACGCAGGCUUGUCCAGAGAGCUGGUCCAGCUGGUCAGAGUGGUCCCACUGCGACUCCAGCGGUGCCCAGCUGCGCAUGCGUCACUGCGAUGUCCUUUUUCCCACUGGAAACCAGUGCUCAGGAAACAGCAGCGAGACCAGGCCUUGCUCUCCUGACUCCAAUUUUAUCCCAGAAGUCUCUAUUGCACGUUCCAGUCAGGAGGAGAGGCGCUGUGGAGAUUUCAACCUUUUCCACAUGAUUGCUGUGGGGCUUAGCAGCUCCAUUCUGGGCUGCCUGGUCACCCUACUGGUCUAUUCCUACUGCCAGCGCUACCAGCAGCAGUCCCACGAUGCCACUGUCAUCCACCCCAUCUCAGCUGCUCCACUCAACACCAGCAUCACCAACCACAUCAACAAAUUGGACAAAUACGACUCCGUAGAAGCCAUGAAGGCCUUCAACAAAAACAAUCUGAUUCUUGAGGAAAGAAAUAAGUACUUCAACCCACAGCUUUCUGGGAAAACCUAUACCAACGCAUACUUCACCGACCUCAACACCUAUGAUGACUAUUAACCCUAGAUUCCACACCAUAACGGACACCCCUGCCCUAUUGUAUUCUUUUAUUUGUGCUUUGUAUUGAGAUUUGUGACACCACAUGUGGGACAGUCCCACUCAGAGACUCUAUGGCAGCUGGUAUGUAAUGAAAACACAGACACAGAGUUGCUAACAGAGGGAAAUACCCACUUUCUCUCAGGUGCCUUGGGUACACUUGGAAAUCUCAAAAUCUGGAGGCAAAUCUUGCCUUGACUUUCACUGAGGAACGGACAACUGGAUCUCCUCAUGUGGAUAAAAACGGGGGAAAAAAUAACUCUAUUCUGAGAUACUGUUUAGGAAACGUGAUCCCUAUAAACUUUCCUGUGAUGCCUCUAAAAACAGACCUGUAUUUGUAGUGAUGGAAAAUGUAAAAUAACCACAAAUUGCUUUGCAUGACUUCAUCUGAUGUGUCUCUGCUGUUUUGUCUCAUUUUGCAUGGUGGACCGCAUUCCAGGGUUCUAGUAGCAUUUUUUUCCUCUUCCUUUUUUUAUUUUUAGUUUUUUAUUUUAUUUUAUUUUUUUAUUCUUUUCUUUUGCUAGUCUUAGGU